CGCUGUCGAUGGCGGUUGUUGUGAACAAUGCCUACUGUCUUGGAACGUCAUGCCCUCGCUGCUAUGCCUUCGGCGAUAGGGUUGGCAAGCUGGAAUGGGAAUGUCGUAGCUGCGGCCUUACCUACUCUCACGGUUGUUCUGAAAACGAGAUUCAAGAUGUAGCAGCAGAUUCCCAGCAGACAACACGACCGUUACCGGCAAUACCCUGCCGUAGUGAAGCUAAUAGGGCUUACACGAAAUAUAGUACGGGAGAAGUCCGCGAUCCAUUUCCGCCAGCUGGAGGCUACUAUAGUGAUGACGAAGAAGACGAAGAAGACGAAGAUCUACAGCCAUUCAAAACCCUUCAUAUACGGGUACAUAGCCCGCCACUUAUAGCGAUUAUAGCCACUAUAUAUAAAGGCGUGAAUUCCACACUCUCCGAUUUCAAGCGCCUUUUGCCGGCGAAACGAACGAUGGCUCCCGAAGCGAACCCUCGGUCCUUUGGUUUCUCGACUUUUGUCCGUCAUCUUGGGGUAAUAUCCCAGAUAUUCCACGAACUCUGGCGCGACCAUCGCGAGGUUAGCCGCUACAGCAUCCCCAUGAGGCCGAGAGAGAACCUCUCGGCUAACCAGAAAUCAACAAUGAGCAUACAACGGACGAAGCACGAGGCAUACUACCAGCGUUGCGUUUUGAUCAUUCUGUUAAGAAUGGCGAAGAUGGUCGGCCCAAGGCAUAGGAAAACGCAAAAGAGUAGAUUUGUUGCGUGCAUCCGAGCCAUUCGAGACACGCGUAAGACUACUAUCAGACCUUGAGCGCAAUUCACAGAGUCUAAGCUCCGGGUUACUGAGUGUGAGCUCAAGGACAUACUCGAAAUGCUCCAUGUGAUCAUCGUAAAGUUGGAGAUUUCAGUCGAUUACCUUCAGAGGAACCUAUUCGCCUUCCACCUUCCCCUUGGGUAGUCGAAGCCGCCUUUCGAAGCCGCCUUUGAAAAUGGAGCGAAGAAUUACUAUACAGCCACUUGUGCGACGCAAUGGCACAACCUGAUAUACGGAGCUGCCUACCACCUCCUCCUCCACCUACCCGACCCAAGUCGGAUGCGCAAUUGCUUCAAGACAUCAUCUCCAGCAUCACCAUCAACGUCGCAGCGCCCACAAGUAUCUUGGACGGAUAUUUUUAUAUCAUUCAGCACCGUCUCGGCUUAGGAGUUUUUCGCUCCGGGGUUGAGCUAGGUAUGAUGCGAGCGAAAAUUAGCUACAAGAGAUUUAAGAU